UAUAUCGAUAACAUUAUCAUUGCUAGCAAGAAUAUAGAGGAGCAUCUUAAGUACAUUGAGAUGGUUCUCGACAUCCUCGACAAGGUAUAUAUUCACAUUUCAAUAGAAAAAUCCUUUAUAGCCUACCCGUCAAUAAGACUGCUUAGCUAUAUAGUCAAUAGCGAAGGAGUAGCUAAGAUAGACGAUAGGAUUGCCGUAUUUAAGAAACUCAAGUUCCCCAACACCCUUAAGACCUUAGAGCAGUACCUUAGUAUAGCCAAAUAG